AUGGAAAAUAUUCGAUCUACGUGUAACGAUAAUACUUUGUAUGAUGGACAAUCUUUGUGCGCAUUAUCAAGUCACAAUGUCAUUGCGUUUACAUCAACCACAGAACUUGAUGAUACUAGCGGGAAAACGUGGGGAUCUCACGUUUAUGUGUGUGAUGCCAACAUGCCAUGGCACACGCAUAAAGUGCUGUCAAAUAAGAACAACGUCACUUCCCUUGAAUGGGAUUUACAAGGUGACAGACUUUUAAUCGCUGAUUCCGCUGGUUUUGUACAAUUAUGGGUAUUCAAGGACCACGUUUUAAAUGAAUGGGCCCUUAUCGGUUCCACAUAUUUUCCUGGAGAACAUAUCAUAGGUGCAGCUUGGUUUCAUAACGGGAAGAAGACGGGUCUCAUGACCGAAAAAAAAGACAGUCUUCAGUAUAACGAGAAAUUCAAUAAUCUACUUUUCGCACCUUCAGUAAGACAGUUCGGAGGUAGGGCCGCAGAGGGAGUUAUCGUUGUUUCAACUACAGGAAUGGUCGGUACUGUGAUGAUUACAAAGGAUAUACAGAACCCAGUAUCAUUUGCCACGGAAAGUCUUGGGAGCACACGACAACGUAUAACAACAGUUGACAUUUGCUAUGGAAAAAACGGCCACUUUCUAGUAGCCGUAAGCAGUGGAAACAUUGGACAGCCGAUUAGAUGCUACCGAGUUUUGGUCCGAAAAAACGACGAAAAGUGUAUCAUAUCGUCUCUAGCGUUGCCUAGUUUCUUUUUGCAGAACGGUGCACCGAAGGACAAUUGUUACACAAAUGUUACGCGUUUAAAGUUUGUAGUGCGGGAAGCACCUGAUUCUUUAGUCGUAGCAGCAAAUAACGAAAAUGGUGGUUUCGUUGAAAUCUGGGAAUUGAGAGAAAAGUCACAACCAGUUCAUAAACUAUUCCAACCAAAGUCGCUUGAGCCCUUUAAGACAGUGGUAUGGCAACAUCAAGCGCACUAUAGAUGCCACUCAUCCAUUACUGCAAUAGCAACUACCAAACUUACAAUUUCUACAGCAGUCCCACCUUCGACAUAUAUUUUCGUAGCUUUAGCAGACUCUUCUAUUCGCUGUUUGAAUCAUGAUUGUCUAAAAGAACUGGUUGUUUCUUCCUUAAAUAUGACUCGCCAUCAAGAUGAACCUAGCAACAAAUACCAAAAGAUGGAUGUAUCGAUUUCACACAUCGAUAUUUCGUGGCUUGGAUGUGUGCUAUUGGUGUGCGACACGCACGGAAAUUUGUACCUGUAUAGAUUGCUUCCUGAAGGUCUAACAUUUAUUUGACAUUUAUUGUAUUUAUGUGUAAAAUCGACUCUGUUUGGUGUGGGUUUUAGAGUUCCUUGGGAAAACCGGACAACGAAAAGUUGUCCUAAACUGUAAAAAAAUCUCUGGUGAUCUUUACAAUCAGUUGUAAUUUUACGUGCAGUUUAUUUUGAAAUCACACUCUAUAAGCUGGUAAAGUCUCCAAUGCCACUUAGUAAUUCACGAUCUAGUUCAAUUUCACAUUCCCAUGUACAG